AUGCAUGAUCCUAGUCAGACUGAAGCUAAAUCUGAAGAAAUAGAAUCUGUAUUAGACGAGGUCCAAACAACAUUUACAUCAUCUCAAUCGGUUCCCAUAACAGAUUCUACAAAUGUGGUUGACCAUGAUAAAAUGAAUGUAAAUUGGUUGCUAUGUGCUGGUCAGUUAGCAAAUAUUUUUGAAGAUUUAACUGAAAUUGGUACAGUUUUGUCCAAACUAAAAACUGAAACAUUACCAAAUCCAAUUAUAUUUAUAUUAGAAAAAGGUACUUCGUUAACUUCAUUGUCAAACAAUAUAACUGAUGAAUUUAUAAAUCAUGAUCCAGGUGGUCGUGGGCCAAUAAUUUCAAGUUCACAACGUCAAUAUCUUAUAGCUCUAGGUCCACAUCAGCCUAAGCUAACUAGAUAUCCAGUAAAUCCUAACAUUAACCAAUGUAAACAGCACAGUUUUAGUUCUAAAUGGUUUAAUGAGUAUUCAUUGAUUGAAUAUAGUAUUUUGAAGGAUGCUGUAUACUGUUUUGUUUGCUCAUUAUUUCCACGAGGAGCUGGUAAAUUGUAUUCUGAUUCAGCAUGGGUAAAAACUGGUGUUAAUCAGUGGCAUAAAAUGAAGAGUUGUGGUGCUAAAAAGCUGGGAAAACUUGAGCAACAUUUUUCUUCUACUUCACAUAAAGCAGCUUUAAACGACUACUAUCUAUUCAUGACUAAUUCAAAUCAUAUUGAUAUCAUUUUAAAUAGAGACAAUAGAAAAAAAGCAAUACAAUUAGAGCAAGAAAAAGAUUUUAACAAGAAUAUUGUUAUUAUGUUAUUGGAUAUUGCUCGAACAUUAUCUCGGCAAGGGUUAGCGUUUCGAGGUGAUGGUGAUGAAAGUGGUGGCAAUUUUAUGCAAUUAGUUCAAUUAUUGUCUAGGCAUAACCCACUAAUGGAUCGUUGGAUUAAGGAGACUUCUACACGGGCAUAUAAAGUUCAUUACUUAGGACCAAGGUCACAAAAUGAAUUCAUUGAAUUAUUGGCUAAUGAAACACGUAAAAUAAUUGUAAAGGAAGUAAAAGAAGCAAUUAUUUAUUCUGUAUCGGCUGACACAACACCUGAUAUCUCACACGAAGAUCGCUUAGCAGUAUGUACACGUUAUGUGAAUAGUCAAGGGCAGGCUGUCGAGCGACUUUUAGAGAUAUCAAAAGGAACAGAUAAGACUGGUUUAGGUACAGCUAAACAAAUUAUAAAUAUAUUAGAAAACAUCACAUUGAAUCCAGGGUUAAUAACUUUUCAAUCAUAUGACUUCGCUAGCAACAUGUCUGGAAGAUAUAAUGGAACCCAGAUGAAAUUGUCAGAACUGACUGGUCAUCGAAUUCCAUUCAUACCUUGUCAGGCUCACAGGCUUAAUACAUUUUUAGAACAUAGUUGUGAUGCAAGCACAAUUAUUGCAAAUAUGAUUGAUACUUUAGAAAAUCUCUAUGUAUUUUUUUCUGCAAGUAACAAGAGUAAAUUGAAAUUAGUAAAGACAUUUAUCGGAUCGACAAUGAAGGACGACCGAUUAAAUUCCUUAGUAAUAUUAGGAAUAGAAAAAGAUAUUGUGGACCAAUUGGACAUUAAUAAAUUAGCACUACAGUGGUCAAAAUUGAAGGAACGCAGAAUAGAAAUUUAA